GAAGCAGAAGAGAAGUAACUAAGUUAGUGAAGUGACAAGACAAGUGAACAAAAUGGAGGUUGGUUGGUAGCACAAUGUUUGGCACUAAGUGCGCGAUUGAUUCGAUAUUUAAACACAAAUUAAUGACUUGUGUUAACCUAACUACUUAUGGAUAAGUGCAGUGUGCUGUGAGUGAAAUAAAACCAUAACAUAUAACUUUUUGUGAUACUUGUGGACUCAGUGCUUUUUCUGCAGCAACUUUGGAGAAGCACGAUGUUGAUUAGAAGUUAACCCAGAGAUGGAAAGGUUGCUAUGCAGCAGGACGUGGGUUGUGGUGUUGUUUGUAGUUGUUGUGGCCGAGGCCGAGACGGAUGACAGGUACCGUUGUAGUCCUGGUAUCACCACGCCUGGGGUAACUCUACCAGCGGGAGAUAUAAUACUGAAGUAUGGACAACCUCUGGAGAUAUUCUGUGAGCUCAGUCCCAGCGUGGUGGCUCAGGGCUUCAACUCAAGUAGUCUCGUCUUCUAUCACACGUCGUAUAAAGUUAUGCCAGAGUUCAUUUCUAUUGUCAACGAGUCGACUGCUCGCUUAUACAUCGAAAAACCAGUUCCGAUGAAGGACAUGUACUAUUGUAAACUCAUCAAUGGAACAGAAGAGUCGCCAGUAUGCCUUAAUAGCGUAGCGGUCGGAUUUGAACCAGAAUUUGUAAAGAACUUCUCAUGUGUAUCCCAUAACUGGGAUAACUUGAAUUGUACGUGGGUCACGCCUAACAACUUUGUCAAGACCAAGUACACACUGGUAUACCAACUUCCAGGUAGAGCAGGGGGGAGGUUAAAGUUUCCAUGUCCAGAUGAGACGGAUGUUAAUGGGAAGAACUACUGCUUUUAUGACCAAACAACUUCAACACCAUACAGACAGCCUUAUGAAUAUUAUUCUUUUUUAAUGACUGGAGAAAAUAGGUUCGGAGUCAAGACUCAGAGAACUAGGUUUCAUCAUUAUGCCUAUGUGAUCCCUGCUAAGGCAGCUAACCUGACUAUGCUAGAGAAGACUUCCAGCAGUGUGUUGAUACAAUGGUCUGUGGUCUUCCCUAUGCAGAACUUUCCUCCAGGAGUUGAACAGAAGGUUGAAUACCAAUCAGAGUGGGAUCCCAGAGAUCACUGGACGGUGGUGAACAUGACUUAUAACAUAAAGAAUGCAACUCACCAGGUCAACAUCACAGGGCUUAAGUAUGCCAACAGUAUAUAUGACCUGAGAGUGUUCAUGCGUUCUCCCUUGGCCCUAGGGGAAGAUAUGUGGUCACAACCAGCCACCCUGACCAUCAAGACAAAGCCAACAAUUCCUGGAGCUGCUCCUAAAACAGAUAUUGGGAGUUUUGAGGUAACAACAGUCAGCCCCACUAGCAGAGAUGUGUAUGUCUACUGGCAAAACAUCCCCGAAUAUCUCUACAAUGGUGAUCAUUUCAAGUAUAAAGUCACUGUUGAAGAAGACGGCGUACCACGGAAUUUGGAUGCGAACGAGACAACAUCAGCCUAUGCCAAGUUCAGAGGACUCAGUAUGAACAGUUACCGCUUCAGGAUCAUUUCUACUAAUAUCGAAGGAGAAUCGGAAGACUAUUCUGAAGUCUUUGUACCAUCACCAUCACAACUCAGUAAAAGUUUAGCAGAGCCGUUAUCGUUCACUAAAAUCGCAUUCGAUCAUCAUAUUUACGAGCUGUCUUGGAAGCCACCUAUCACCACGCAGCCGAUCUCAAACUAUACCAUCUUCUGGUGCGACAACAAAAAGGACAGGCCUUACCAAUGCACUGGUACUCUGAAUUGGACGUGGGUAUCCAAGGAUGUUACCAUCAAGAACAUCACAGUCCCUGAUGAGAAGAUCUAUCAGUUCGCCAUCUCCGCCAACACUGAGACUGAGAGUAGUGGAAUGGUCUGGGCAUCCUGUACAGUCAUCCACAACAGGAUCCUUGGCAAAAUGAAAACCAUAUGGAUUAACCGAGUUGGCCCUACUUUCAUUGAGGUUGGUUGGAAACUGGAGUGCUCGGAUCGUAUUGGAGUGGUCACAGGUUUCCAGAUAUAUUACUGUCCGAUUGUUUCACCCCACAACACAAAGUGCAAAGUUGAAGCCAAGAACACCACCAUAGCAGAGGGACUUGCAAUUCGAGGGAAUGUGACAGAUCUAACACCCUAUACCACCUACAUGGUCAUGGUAGCUGUGAUCACCAAGCACAGUAUUGGUCAGUGGAGCGACCGCCAGUACAACACAACAUUGGAAGCUGCUCCAGAUAUGCCGCCACAGAAUGUUUCACUGUCAGAAGUCACCAACACCUCCAUGCUGGUCCAGUGGUCUCCUCCUCUCUCCAUGAACGGAGUAUUGCGCUACUAUCUGGUACAUUACAACGGUCUGUCUCAGAAGGUGGAAGGCAGUCAGCAGAACCCCAUCAAACAGGUUCGGUUGAGAAACCUGGACAGUUAUGUUGUAUACAACGUUUCUGUACAAGCGUGCACCGUAGCCUGUUCCCAACGAUCAACACCUCUUCAAGCUCGCACAAAAAUUGGAAUACCUGGCAAAAUGGACAGGCCUAUGGUGAAGUUUGUCAACUCGUCUCAAGUAGAAGUUCUGUGGAAGCCUCCGAUAUACGCAGCUGGACUGUUAGAUAAAUACGAAGUUCUCAACAAAGUGAUUGGUGAUGAGCACAACCUAACAGAAGUUCUGAACUGCACAGGAGAAUGCUCUGAACGGAUAUUUCGAACCUCAGGAAAUCAGUCAUUGGUUCCAGUGGAGGACUGCAACUCUGGGGGGCCUCACCACACUUACUCCUUCUCUGUAAGGGCUGUCAACUUUGAUGACGACACUGUGUACUACGGUCCUUGGUCAGAACCCGGAGAAGGGAGUUGCUACAGUGCAGGGGCCAAAGAGGACUUCUGGAUCAUUGUAUGGGUGGUUGUUUGCCUGGUUUUGAUUUUUGUCAUCUUGGCAGUUGCUUUUCUUGGAAAGCGAUUAUGGAGGUGCUAUGAACAAAUGAAAGAGGUCGAAGUGAAACUCCCUCCUGGACUUGCACCAGCCAUUGAGAAAUCAAGUGACCCAGACUAUCACACUCAUCUGAGCCUGUAUGGCUGGGGACAGAAACCACCCUUAGAGGAGAAACAAGACCUCGGUAUUGCUACCCCGGACCAGGAGCUGUUGCUGCAGAAGAAGGGUGGAGUGGUAGGCUUGGGUGAGAGGCGAGGGGAGGACCUGAACAGUCUAGGGGAGGGAGACGGAGACAGUUCUGGGUGUAGCUCAGGUCAUGAGAGUGUCGCCUCGUCACUCACACAUGGCACUCACAUCAGCUCAGACUCCGGCACUGAGGCUGACCAGCUGCACAGUCAGAGAGCAACAUCACUGGAUGGAGUUUUCCAUGACGGCUCCCCUCCCACUUCCUUGCGACAGCGCAACAAGGCUUCAUCGUCUACCAGCAGUGAGUCAUCCUCCGGUCGAUGGGAGAGGGGAGAGCCGUAUGUCAUGUUAGGGGGAAGCACCUCUUGCCUGGUCAAGUCUUCCCCAAAUCUUACUGAGGUUGAGGGAGGUGUAUCGGGAUACUCUAUGCUAGGUACAGCAUGGCGUCCCACCCCUACAGCCACUGGCUAUGUAUCUCUGCCCCCAACAGUCACCCCUGCCCACACCUACGUGCCCCACCCUCCACUCAAGGCAGAACCCAUCCCCAGCAAGGGGUAUGUCAUGGCGGGGGAGACCACGGAAACUCCCCAGUACUGUCGACUCGGCCACUCCGACUACAUACCUCACAGACAAUUAGAUGGAGGCCUGUAAAUUGUAUAUACUCCUGUAGUGUACAUUAUAGUAGGCAGCUUUCACAGCCAAAAUAUGGUCAUUCAGAGCUGUGAUACUAAAGUGUGUUUAGUACUUAAACACAGUACACGAUAGCCUGCUCAUUUGUUUUUUUUUUUUUACGCUUUCAAAAAGCUAUUAUGUCUUGUCGAUAGAGUAGUUUUACUCUUUGACGACACUUUAGCAUAUCUAUUGUGUGAAAAUAUUCCUUGUACCUUCGCAAUUUCUUCCUUCCAUAGCCAAGCUGAAAAUAAAAUGUGAUCAGAUUAAUUUUAAUUCAGAUUGAUUUCCUUAUUUUUUUAAAGAGAUUAUUACAGAGAUUUUAUUUAUACACGAGAUAAAUGUUUUGCAUGUUCAUAUGUUUUGUGUUUAGUUGUCAAAUGAUGUAUUUUAACUAAAUGAUAACAGUAAUUUUAACUGGAAUUUUAAAUCAAUUUACUGUUAUCUGUAAAUAAUAUUUGUUAGUGUUUGCAAUCCAUAGUAGUUUAAUCAUUAUCAGAUUGUGUACAUAAGGAAACAUUUAAUAAUUCCAUGGCACUAAUAGCAUGUGUGUUUCAUGGACUCCCAUGAAAGAUCAGGGAUCAUCAGAUUAUAUAUAUAUUGUUAUAGCUUAUUUUAAUUGUUACAUUUUAACCCACAUUUUAUCAUUUUUUUAAUCAGCAUAUUCAAGGCUUCCAUCCAUUUGUUAAUAUUCCUAAGUUUAUCAUGUCAUUUAUAGUUAGUUGUCUAUAGGUUAUUCAAAUUAUUAAGAUCAAUAUUGUAAAUAAACUUAGUUUAAUUUAAGUAGCGUUUAAUGUGAUUUGUAUUUUCAUGACAUUUUUUAUUGUUAGGUAUAUUUUAGUAUGUGAUUUCAGUCAUGAAAACAUUGCACAUUACUUUGUUGUAGAAGAAAAAUGAGCAUCGGCAAUUAUAUAUUGUCUGUUGCAUAUUGUCUAUUCAUUGUGCUGCAGUUUCCAGUUCAAAUCGACAAUCAAAUAAAGUAUUAAAAAAUGGAAAUGAAA